GUUUUGUGAGUGGGUAUGAUAGUCAGCAAGAAUAUAAAGGGUCAUCAUUUUCCUCUCUCCUGGCAUCUCUCUUCUGUUUGGUUGGUGUGUGAGAAAGAGGCAUAGUAAGUUUGACAGAGAUAGGGUCAAGACAGGGCUUUGCAAUGAAGACCUGUGUCCUGUUCCUGCUGGUAGUGGGGAGCGUCUACAGCGCGCCGGUUGAGCAGGGUGGCAUCCAGCCAGGUUCCUGUGAAGAUCCAUCAGCUGUGAGCGCUUCUAAUUUAGCUCUAAGCAAGAUCAACCUUGAUCGAGUGGAUGGCUACGUCUUCAGCCUGCACCGGCUUUCCAAUGUCCACCUGGAUAGACAUGGAGAAAACGGAGUAGUUUAUUAUCUGACUCUGGAUGUAGUGGAGACCAACUGCAGUGUUCUCAGUAGGAGGGACUGGAAGAAAUGCGAGGCUCGUCCCGAAACUAACAUGCCGGUGUAUGGACAAUGCAAGGCUGCCAUCUACAUCAAUAAGCCACACAGAGUGGUUCGUCUCUACAAAUACGACUGUGUUAUUAGGCCAGUUCCUGCAGCCAGGGUGACACAGAUUUGCCCCGACUGUCAAACUUUCAUCAGCUUUGACAGUGAACAGGUCCAGAAGACUGUGUCUCGAUCACUGGAGAAGUUCAACAAUGAAAGUGGACUGAACAAUCAUUUUGCUCUGCUCAAAAUCUUACGUGCUUCUGCCGGCAUGGCAAUGGGCAUGUAUUACAAUGUGGAGUACACUAUUCAGGAGACUGUUUGCGGAAAGUAUAAACAGUCACCAGCAGGUGAAAACUGUCCUAUCAUGACAUGCGAAUUCUCACACAAGGGCUUCUGUAAGGCAUCUCUCAUGAACACCCCAAUGAAUAAUGACAUCAUUACUGUACAGUGUGAAAUCUAUGAGCAAGAGGCUGCUAACACAGAAAAAGUACAACAUCUGCUGGGUGAUGCAACUGACCACCCACACAAUGACACACACAGACAUGAACAUGGAAAGGGCCAUGACCAUGACAAAGAGCAUGGCAAAGGUCACUCACAUGGACAUGGGCAUAGACAUGGUCAGGGCGGGAGCCAUGAACACGGUCAUCAUGGAGGGAGCCACGAACAUGGUCAGGGCGGGGGCCGCAGACACGGUCAUCAUAACAGGAGCCACGAACACGGCCAUGACCAUGUUCAUGGUCAGGGCCAUUUACGUUUAAGUGAACACGAUCACAUCCAUGACCACACCAAGGAUCACUCUCACCAUGAUGUCCCACACCCUGAUGAGAGCAAACAUCACCACACCCAUGACCAUAAGCCAGGCAGUGCCUACAGGCAUGGGCAUGCCCACUCACAUGACCAUGGACUUGACAGCGAUCAUGAUCACGUUCAUGCCUAUCAUGCCAAGGCACAAAACCAUACUGGUGGAUUUCCCAAUCAACACCAUAACUACAGCCAUCCUGCGGGCACACACACCCAUGACCAUGACCAUGAGCAUGCUUUGGACCAUGAGCAUAACCAUGCUCACCUGCAUGAGCAUGAACAUCACCACCAUCAUCACUUGCAUGAGCAUGAGACCGAACACCACGACGAACCAGAAGGCUUGAUAAGGACUCUGCCUGCCAUUGACCAACCAAUGACCCUGCCUUCCUUCCCCGACAUUCCCGCAGGUGGGCCUGCAGCUGGAGUCACUCUGCCUCUCAAACCUGACCCCAGUAUUCCGGGACACACUGAACCAACCAUCCUUCCCUUCCCUACUUCUCGCUCAGCAGAGUGUGCCAAUCCAGCAGAAGGAAAGAGUCUAGUGAACAAACUCUUUUUGGAGGAUCCCUUAUUCAAGCCUGCUGCUUGAUGGGACUUAACUGCUCCUGAAAGAGAGCAAAACUUUUGAGAGAAUUCAGAUACUAAUUGUCCAAGUAUUGUAACAACUACUUUUCCUGGUCAUUGUUGAAUACAUAACUUGUGAAAUGCCACUUCAUUUGACCAUUUAAUAAAGACAAAGUGUAUAAAAUUAAA